CUCCCCGUUGAGUUCUAAGUUUCAAGCGCCGUCACCGCAUAGAAAGGGGAAAAAUAAGAAAGCUAAAGGAAAAAAAUCGGUGAGGGUGAAAGUAUCUGAAAGUUAGAAAGGUAGAAAAUGACCGCAACACAGCUGCAAUUACCACCAGGCUUUCGGUUCCAUCCGUCGGAUGAGGAGCUCGUGAAGCACUAUCUCUGCUGUAAAUGUGCGUCGCAGCAAAUCUCCGUCCCUAUUAUCGCCGAAAUCGACCUUUACAAAUUCGAUCCAUGGGACCUUCCUGAUUUGGCGUUGUACGGAGAGAAAGAGUGGUAUUUCUUUUCACCGAGGGACCGGAAAUAUCCCAACGGUUCAAGGCCGAACCGGGCUGCUGGGUCCGGGUAUUGGAAGGCAACCGGAGCUGAUAAGCCGAUUGGGCAACCGAAACCGCUCGGUAUUAAGAAGGCUUUGGUGUUUUAUGCUGGGAAAGCACCUAAAGGAGAGAAAACUAAUUGGAUUAUGCACGAGUAUCGCUUAGCUGACGUGGACCGGUCGGCUCGCAAAAAGAACAGCUUAAGGUUAGACGAUUGGGUGCUGUGCCGGAUUUACAAUAAGAAAGGUGCCAUCGAGAAGCAACCACCGCAAGGAAGCGUUACGAUGAAAGCUACCGUCAUGGAGAUUGUGGACAAGAAGCCGGAUAUUGUGGCUCUUGGCAUGGGGACGUGUGGGCUGCCUAAGGCUCCGACAGCGACGGUUAACGAUUGCGUGUACUUCGACACGUCGGAGUCGGUCCCGCGGCUUCACACGGACUCAAGCUGUUCGGAACAUGUGGUGUCUCCCGAGUUCACGUGCGAGGUUCAAAGCGAACCCAAAUGGAAUGACUGGGGAACUACCAACAACAAUUCCCUUGAGUUUCCUUAUAAUUACAUGGAUGCAUCUGUGGAUACCGGGUUUGCUUCCCAGUUCGAGAGUAAUAAUCUUCUGUCGCCGCUCCAGGAUAUGUUCAUGUACCUGCAGAAGCCGUUCUAAGAGAACAGUGGGUUUAAAAUUGAAACGGUGACGGUGAAAUGCGUUUGGCGUAUCAAUCGGUAACAGGAGACUGAGAGUCGAUGAGUGUGCCGGGGAGCGUGCGCGUAGAUGAUAACAUAAUUAUUAAAAAAAAAAAAUUGAAAUUGGUAGUUAGAAUGGGAUUGCUGUUAAGUGAGGACUUUGGGGAAUUAUAGCUGGCGAUCGGACGGUGGAAGUUGGAUUUUAUGCAAUGUAGAACUUAGAUUAUUUUAGCAUGGCAUGCGUACGGGUAAUCUGUAAUCACGUGUUUACGAGGGUGUGUACAUGAUUUAAAAAAAAAAAGAAAAUCAAACAAGUUUUCUGGGAGAGCCCUAGGGCUUUCCACAUAAUUCUUGUAUUUUGUAGUAGAAAAAAUUUUCCCUAUUUUUCUCUCGAAGGCUUUAGUUUGUUAAUUGUGAAAUUAACCAUAUAACCAAUUGGCAUCCUAGUGAUUAAUACAUGUUUGUGUUUUAAUUUUGAA